AUGGACUACGACCGACAAGACUCAUCGAUUGCAAGACGGGAGUACUUCGCGCAGCUCCCCACUGUCAAUACAUAUGUUUGGGGGGAUGCAUCUGCCGAGAACGCAGCUUCCAACACCCAGAAGCUGACGAACAUCCCACAGACAGUGUCGGAUGCCAUGUUUGUGACUCUGAAACUCGGUAUGCGCUACUUGUGGGUUGAUAGGUACUGCAUCAACCAAGAUGAUCCGGAAGAGAAGCACGGCGCCAUUCGUAAUAAGGAUUCAAUCUAUCGGAACGCUUUUGUAACGACCAUCGCUGCUGCGGGUAGCGGCUCGGACUAUGGGUUACAGGGGCGGUACAAAGAAUUUCCCCCCGUACAGGAUGAGCGUUUCACUAUUAAUGACAUAUAUUUUCGCGUGAAGGAAUAUUAUCCUCGGACACUACGAUACGAGAAAGACGAUAUCAACGCCUUCGACGGAGUGUUCUGGACAUUGGCUGCCCGCACGCCAAAGGACUGUGUCCUGGAUUGCGGGUCCGAGCCUCAACUUUACAUGGCGCGCCGAAAUCCCCAUUUCUAUGGCCCUCCGCUCUGGCUGCAAGAACCUGAGUUAUCUGACGAUCCUGAGACUCUAGUAUUGCGUCAAUCACCCGAGAUUAGCGAUGAUAACAAGGUUUAG